AAGCUCCCAUUGUCUCGUAUGAGUCCUUUCCCUGGAAUUUGGGAUUUGGGAACAUUCCUGGGAUGUGCAAAACCCCUGGAAUCCUUCCUGGGAUGUGCAAAAUCCCAGGAAUUCAGCUCCGGGCUGGCAGUGAAGAAGCUCCCAUUGGCUCCUGUGAGUCCUUUCCCUGGGAUUUGGGAUUUGGGAUUUGGGAAGAUUCCUGGGAUGUGCAAAAUCCCUGGAAUUCAGCUCUGGGCUGGCGGUAAAGAAACUCCCAUUGGCUCGUAGCGACGGCAGCCRCGAUCCCGGGGGAUUUCUGUGCUGGGAUUGCACCCGGCAGUGCUUCGGCUCCCUGACCCCGCUCACCUCCAUCCCAAAAAUCCAGGGAGAGCCCAGCCAGCCCUGACAACGCCCUCCAGAGCUUUCUAGAGCCAUCCUGGAUAUGGGAAAAACCUUUCUGGCACAUUCCAGCUCCAAAAUCAGAUGGAUGUUGGAGCAGGAUUUCAGUCCAGCUCCAAAAUCAGGUGGAUAUUGGAGCAGAUUCCAGUGCAGCUCCACAAUCUGGUGGAUGUUGGAGCAGGAUUCCAGCCCAGGAAUUUGGAGCAGGAUUUCAAUCCAGGAAUUUGGAGCACGAUUUCAAUCCAGCUCCACAAUCAGGUGGAUGUUGGAGCAGGAUUCCAGCGCAGGAUGUUGGAGCAGGAUUUCAAUCCAGGAAUUUGGAGCAGGAUUUCAGUCCAGGAUGUUGGAGCAGGAUUUCAGUCCAGCUCCAAAAUCAAGUGGAUGUUGGAGCAGGAUUUCAAUCCAGCUCCGCAAUCAGGUGGAUGUUGGAGCAGAUUCCAGCCCAGGUGGAUUUUGAGCAGGAUUCCAGCGCAGGAUGUUGGAGCAGAUUCCAUUCCAGCUCCACAGUCAGGUGGAUAUUGGAGCAGGAUUUCAGUCCAAGAUGUUGGAGCAGGAUUUCAUUCCAGGAUAUUGGAGCAGGAUUUCAGUCCAGCUCCGCAAUCAGGUGGAUGUUGGAGCAGAAUUUCAGUCCAGGAAUUUUGAGCAGGAUUUCAAUCCACCUCCACAAUCAGGUGGAUGUUGGAGCAGAUUCCAGUACAGGUUGUUGAAGCAGGAUUCCAGCCCAGCUCUGAAAUCAGAUGGAUGUUGGAGCAGGAUUUCAGUCCAGGAUAUUGGAGCAGGAUUUCAAUCCAGCUCCGCAAUCAGGUGGAUGUUGGAGCAGGAUUUCAGUCCAAGAUGUUGUAGCAGAUUUCAAUCCAGUGGAUGUUGGAGCAGAUUCCAGCCCAGGAUGUUGGAGCAAGAUUCCAGUCCAGCUCUAAAAUCAGGUGGAUGUUGGAGCAGGAUUUCAAUCCACCUCUGCAAUCAGGUGGAUAUUGGAACAGGAUUCYAGUCCAGGAUGUUGGAGCAGGAUUUCAAUCCAGCUCCACGAUCUGGUGGAUGUUGGAGCAGGAUUCCAGUCCAGCUCCGCAACCAGGUGGAUAUUGGAGCAGGAUUUCAUUCCAGGAUGUUGGAGCAGGAUUCCAGCCCAGGAAUUUGGAGCAGGAUUCUAGCCCAGGAAUUUGGAGCAGGAUUCCAGUCCAGGAUGUUGAAGCAGGAUUUCAGUCCAGCUCCAAAAUCAGGUGGAUGUUGGAGCAGGAUUUCAUUCCAGGAUGUUGGAGCAGGAUUCCAGUCCAGCUCCGCAAUCAGGUGGAUGUUGGAUCAGAUUCCAGCCCAGGAUGUCGGAGCAGGAUUCCAGCUCCAGAGGAACCUCCAGGUUUCCUGGGAAAGGUGUGAUGCCUUCCCUCCAGCCCUCCCUCAUCCUUCGGGAGCUGGGAAGAGGAAUAUCCAGAGGAAUCUGCGCUGUAGGAACGGAAUCAGACAGAAUUUUGGAGUGUUCCCUCUUUUCCCUGUCACCGGCAUCCGAACUUCCUGGAUAUCCCAUCAUUCCCGGAAAUCCUUCUGAGCUGCUGGAAAAAGAGGAAGCACCAUGCUGGAAAACAUCCAAAGAARGUUUAUUUCUUGGAAAUGRACUCUUCCUGCYCAUGGAGRAAAUCCUAAAUGGGAGGAAAUCCUAAAUGGGAGGAAAUCCUAAAUCUCUCCCGAUGAAUUCAUUUUCUGUCCUUGCAGCCGAGGGUUUUCCCCAGACUUUUUCCCUUCUCCUUGCAGCAAUCGAGGAGAGAAGGAAUGAGGUAGAAAAACUCCAUUGGCUCGGGCUCAGCCAAACUCAGGGACAAACUGGAGGACAAAUAUAAUCUUAAAAUUAAAUUUAUGGAAAAAAAAAAAAAAAAGCAAAGCCUUAACAUUUCCUUUUUGUCUCUUCCUUUAAAUACCCUCUGUUUCCCAGGAGUGCUGUGUAAAUCCCGGUGCCACAAUUCCAGAGGCUGUGCCUCGGGAAUUCGAAAGUGAAAGUGGUGGAAGUGGUGGCAGRGCUCUGCCCUUGGCCCAGAGCCCGGAGCUGCAGGAAGCUCGUGCAUCCUGUUUGUUCUGUGGUCACUCCUGGAGCCGUUUUCCCUCCCUCUCCUUUCGCUUUCGAAGUCGGCUCCGGAACGUUCCCUGCGUGGGCAGGAAUUCUCCCGAACUUUUGGGUUUGGAUGGAGCCACAAAAUCUGGAUCGGGCACCUCCUUUUCCAGCCUCUCCCGUUUUCCAACUAUUCCAGGAUCAGARACACCAACAGGACAAGAACAGCCAAGAAUUUAAAAAAUGAAGGAACUUAAAAAUGAAAAAAUACRAAUUUAAWUUUCAAUUUUUAAAAUUUAAAAGCUGAAUUUAAGCUGUUGGAUUCCUGAUGCUUUUUGAGAACUGGCAGCUGCCACUGGAAAAUGGGAAUGAACUCUUCAUUCCCGUGGUGUCCGACAAAUCCUUGGUGCUGCAGGGAUGGAUUCAUCCCAAUCCCAUCCUUCCCAGCUGGGAUACCCAAUUAAAGAAUCCACUGCUCUGAGGGCUUUUCUAUAUAAAAUAUUUUUUAUAUAAAAUAAAUUUAUUUAUACAUUAAAUGUACCAACACAGAGCUACCUGUUGCGGAGUGUGAGGAAACAAGUGGAGAAAAACUGGAUGAGGAAACAAGUGGAGAAAAACUGGAUGAGGAAAGAACAGGAGAAAAAAUGUAUAAGGAAACAAGUGGAGAAAAACUGCU